CAAGGGCUAAUUAGUUAUUUAGACACGCCAUUUUAAUGGCUUUUUUACCCAUUCACGCGCUCUUGGAUGAUCUAUUACACGCAUAAUGCUACAUAAACAACGAGGGGGUUUUAUUAUGAAGGGGAUAUAAUUCAUGGGAUUUUCGGGAACAGACGAUAGUUUAGGUAGACACCUAACAAAAAUUGUAUAGUUUCGGCGAAUUUUAGGAUAUUAACUCAAACUAAAUACUAUGUUUCUUGUCUAUAUCUGUAAUGUAAUCUCUCCCAGUUUUUUCAUAGACAAUAUAUUCGAAAAAAAUAUCUUGCACCUUAUUCCUCUCUCCUGAAAUAAAUUCUAGCUACAUAUCUAGUAAUUCUUUUAUUUUUUUAUUAUCGUUAAUACUUCUCUUUUACAUAUUUUUUGUAUUCUUUUAUUAUCGUUAAUGCUUCUCUUUACAUGUUUUUUUUCAGCCGAUGGUCCACUGGAAACAACCUCUCUACCUUUCAGCCGAUGCUUCUAUUCAUUUGUUGUAUAUCUAGUAAUUCUAAAUCUCCUGUAGUCGAUUUCUUCACCUACUCAAAAUAUCCAGCACCGGAAAAUAAUCCACUCCUAAAAGUGCUAAUUCUACCAAUAACUUUGAAGUUGGUAUUUAACUUCGUGAAGAUUAAAAUUGCUCAUUUCUAAUAAAUUUAGAGGACUAAAAGUGCUUAAAAAUAUAUUUAAAGGAUGUUUUUCAAAACCCAAUCAAAACAUAAGGGACUAUUGUUGUUGUCAUAAAUGUUCUAUGCCAAACGCUGCCUUACCUCGCAUGAUUUUGAGUUUAUCCUUAACGUGACCGGCAACUGCCGUCGAUUCGCUGCAAAUGAAUCUCUUCUACUCGUAUUCUUCGCUCUUAGGUCGGAGAAUGGUGAAAUGCGAAUGGAACCUAAACCAAUAUAUUUGCCCCUCAUUAUCGCCAUUGAAGACAAAUUCUAGAAAUAUAAAAGUAUUUGCGAAUUCGUCGGAGCCCAAUGGAGCUUCCAUUUCAGUAGCUGGAGCUGACGGUUCUUGGUCGAGCUAUCUUUCCCGCGAAUCCCCCAUUUCAGGGUCUAUGGAGCAAGUAAUGGUGGAAUAUGUAUUUGGGAGAAAAAAAGCUACUGAAGUUGCUCACUAUGUCUGGAAGCAAGUUGUUCAAAAAGGGGAUGCAGUUGUUGAUGCCACCUGUGGAAAUGGUUACGAUACUUUGGCACUAUUGAGAAUGGUUGCUGACAGCACCGGGAGAGGUCGAGUUUAUGGCAUGGAUGUCCAGAAAAUUGCUUUAGAAAGCACUUCAUCCCUACUGGACCAGUUUGCUAGUCCAGAUGAGAAAGAACUUGUUGAGCUAUUUGUUAUGUGUCAUAGUCAAAUUGAGGACAUUGUGCCGAAUGAUGUGGCUGUAAGGUUAGUUGCUUUCAACUUGGGUUACCUCCCUGGCGGUGACAAAAAGCUCAUUACCAGGUCUGAAACAACUGUGCUUGCAUUAGAGGCUGCUAAGAGAAUCUUAGCACCUGGCGGACUCAUCAGCAUUGUAACUUAUGUGGGCCAUCCCGGUGGAAGGGAGGAGUUUGAGAAGAUUGAAGGUUUUGCUUCCGGAUUACCUGUUGAGAGUUGGAACUGCUGCAAACUACAACUGUUGAAUCGCCCACUAGCUCCCAUACUGAUAUUUUUGUUCAAAAGAUAGGACAGGUAUUAUGUGUUACCGUAAUGAGACUUGGUAUCAUGUUUCUGAAGUUACAUGCCUAGUAAGUUGUAAACGUAUAUCAGAAUGCCCUUUUCAUGCAUCAUCAUAGUAGAUAGUGCUGCCUUUGUCGUAGCCUUGUAGGAGUACUACCUAUACAUCAAACAGCAGCUGUAUAAAUACUUGUCCUCAUUUUGGCUGUAAUUUCGAUCUCAAUUCUCAUUUUCGGGAAUGCAGUGAAGUCCCAAAGACCCAAACAGCAGCUGUAUUAUUUUCAAUUUAUUUUUUUGAAAAUAGAUUUUUUGUUUCCAAUUCC